AUGUUCACCAGGUAUAUCAAUGUCCCUGACGAAGUUAUCAUUCCCAACGGAGACGUAGUUCUCGUCGUCGGCCCCGAAAAACUUCGAAUUCAAGUCUCUUCCCAGUUCCUGACUCUCGCGUCUCCGGUAUUCGGCGCCAUGUUGAACCUCAAGUUCUCGGAAGGCAUCAGGCUCCAUGAGAGCAACGAGUUACCGGUCGAUAUCAAACUCCCAGAAGACGACGGGGUGGCGACUGCCCAGGCGUUAAAAACUUUACAUGGGUCAGACCCAAAGAUGCUAUUCCUCAACCCUGACCAAAUCCAGAAAGUCUCUAUUGUCGUAGACAAGUAUGACAUGUCAUCUCGUUUUGCCCUGGCUGCUAUCGCCUGGAUGCAUGACCCUAUCACUCUUGAGCAAGCCUGGAAGCUUAUGACAGCUUCUUACUGGUUUGACAAUCAGGAUGGGUUUCGCUGGAUGAGUGAGCAUAUAGUCUCUAAACUUAACCACGCGCAAAUUUUCCAUCUCGCCAACGAGACAUAUGACGUCGCUUUGGGCUUAAAGCUAGGCAUGGCCGUCCUUCUCUUACACUAUUCACUCUCACAGCGCAUGGCGCAUCCGAAGGGAGGGUUAUGCCUACGCUGUUUCAAGAUUUCGGCGAUUGAUCCUGUGGGAAUGCAACCAGGCUGCCCCUACCCAUAUAACCACCGCUCUGGUUGA